CACCAGACACCAUCUCCAUCUCUCCAAACAUUUGCGUUUCCACAUUUGUUUAAACAUAACUCUCUCUCUCUCUCUCUCUCUCUCUCUUUUCUCUCUCCCUCAGUACCUCUUAUUCUUAUGCUCUUCUUCACCAAUCCUAUAUCUUCUAUCUGUCUUUUUUUUCUCAACAUGUGAAUUGACCCAUUUUUGGUAAACACAAAGAGUACCACUUUUCUUAUUUAGAUUCUCUUCUUCCUCUUCUUAGCUUCCAAGUCAACUACUUCAGCUUCUGUCGGCUGUCUCUCCUCAGAUCUCGUAAGCACAGUACCCUCCAAACUUCUUUAUCUCUCUCUCUUAUCUUUGAUUCCUGUUUAUUAUCCUUAACUACUUCCUAGGAUUAAAACUCCAAAGCUUCAUUUUGAUUGGUCGUCUUCAUGAUUAUUGUCCGAAUUCAAGAACUUUGUUUUGAGGUUUUGAACUAAGUGGUUAAGACCGAAAGUUCGAAUAAAUGCCGGAAUCUGAUGAUGCCUCGCGAGAAACACCACCCAGCAGAGAAGGAGAAGCCUCUUCAAAUCAAGAUCUGUCCAAACCAGAAUCAAACCCUGUCUCACUCGAUCUCAAGCUCAACGAUAGUUUCAACGAUGAGACAAAGAGCACAAAGUGUGAAGCAAACCCAAGAGUCUUCUCUUGCAACUACUGCAGACGCAAGUUCUAUAGCUCUCAGGCUCUUGGAGGUCACCAGAACGCUCACAAGCGUGAACGAACAAUGGCCAAGCGAGCAAUGCACAUGGGAAGAAUGUUUGGUCACCAUCACAGGCCUUAUACAUACACUUCUUCUUCCCUUGGGAUGCAAGCUCACUCCGGUUUACUUCACCACACCUUAUCUCAGCCUCAGCCUCUUGUUUCUAGGUUUCAUCAUCAAGGCUAUUUUGGUAACACCGUGCCAUUGUUCUUUGACUCUGACGAUGGCGGCAGCGACUUCUUCUGGCCUGGGAGCUUCCGUCAGGUGGUUGAGGAAGCUGAGGCUCCGGUGGUGGUGGCUGUUACUGAGCCAGGUCUUGAUCUGAACUCGGUUGCGGCGAAUGGAGGUGUAGAUAAUAAUAAUUCAAAGCCUGAUCUUACCUUAAGACUCUAAGGAUUAAGGCGAUUAUCUCUCUUGUUCUUUUUAUAUUGUUAGACAUAUAGCAGAAGAUAAGUUGGAGACAGUUGAUAGAAAUUGAUGAAAAACGUUGUUGUUAUAUUAAAUGAGGUUGUUCAUUGCAUUA